AUGUCUCCCAAGCAUCCCCCAGAGUCAUGUGACACAUUUGUGGUUUUAGGCGACCGUACAAAGGGAGGACAUGUUAUUUUCGGCAAGAACUCAGACAGGCCUUCAGAGGAAGUUCAGGAAGUUAUAUAUGAGCCACAGGCAGAUCAUGAUGAUGGUUCAAAGGUUCAGUGUACCUACAUAGAAGUCGAUCAGGUAGCCCACACCCAUGCCGUCAUUCUGAGCAAGCCCUCGUGGAUGUGGGGAGCCGAGAUGGGGGCCAACGAGCAUGGGGUGUGCGUGGGCAACGAGGCGGUCUGGACCAAACUGGGAAGCAAUGAGGACCUGACGGAAAGACUGCUCGGCAUGGACCUGGUGAG